GAUCCUUCGUGGGUCUGUGGGCUUCUUCUAAUUCUUACUUUCUUUAUUCGUUUACUUUUUACUUUUUUGGGGUUUGACCCUCUCUUGUUCUUCACAAAUUUGGGUUUUUUUCUACGAAAUUUCGCGUAUUUUUGGGGUAAAAUCUAAGCGUAGCGAUGCACCAAAAUCGCAUGGAACACAUGAAAUCGCAGUUGUGUUCUGUUUCACCAAGAAAAUAAUAUUCGCGUAUCUCAGUUUCUUUUAUAUGGUUUCUUGUUCUUAAUUAUCGAAUAUAUUCUUUGCUAUUUGUUGGGAAUUAUUUGUUUUUUUUAAAAUUUUAUUGAGCAAACGAUUAUCCCUUUUACCAUUCCUUUUUUGCCACAUUAACGAAUUUCAUGGAGUAGAAUUUUGGAAUGAUAAUUAAUUGGUUCUUUAAUUAUCCAGAAAAAAAUAAAUUAUUUUUUUAUAUGAUUGUUUAAUGUUGGAUGAAUUCUCUCCCAUAAAACAAUUUCAGCUGUUUCUUUUCUGGGAUUUGUUUCUCUCUUUAGGUUUGAUAUUUUUUGUUGAGUUAUUAGUCAUUGAUUUGGUGUUUUAUUAGUCUUGAUUAGGUUGAAAUCUUUUUCAGUUGUAUUUUAAUUUUAUUUUCUUCCUAGUUUUCUUCGAUUUCACCAUUGUUCUUGGAAGUUUGAUCGAUUUGGAGAAGUGGGUUUCAUUCUGCAUUCGUAAAUGUCAUAUACUUCAUGGAAAUCCCCCAAUUUUCAACGAUUUUAGAGUAUCAAAUCAGGGACAUAUGAUGGCACCAUAAUAAUCCGAUCGAGUGUUACGCUAUGGAAACCGUCGUCAACGAAGAAGUAGACAUAGAUAUAGUCAACCAAUGUGAGACAGUGAAGGUUAAACGUCUCCUCAGACGAAGAAGUUCAACCAGAUAUCAACUCUCGGAUAUGAGCUCUCGAGCACAAAUUUCUCAUGAGAAGCGAAAGAAGGACCAAUCUUCCAAGAACACCCCGAAAGAUGAUCACAAUCUUGAGUCCUCAGGCAGCCCGCGAAAUCAAAAGAUAACAGCUAGAUGGGAUCCCUCAGAGGCUUGUAGGCCUAAUAUAGAUGAAGCCCCAAUAUUUCAUCCAACUGUUGAGGAGUUUGAAGAUACGCUUGGUUACAUAUCAAAAAUACGACCUGUGGCAGAGGCUUAUGGUAUAUGUAGGAUCGUACCUCCUACUUCCUGGAAACCUCCCUGCCCCCUCAUGCAGAAACAGUUUUGGCAAGAAGCUAGAUUUUCUACCAGAAUCCAGCAAGUCGACUUGCUUCAAAAUAGAGAACCCAUGAAGAAAAAGAAAGGCCGAAAACGGAGAAGAAGAACAUAUACAAAAAUUGGAGCAAGGAGGAGAUGUCCUCGUUCUGAAGGCUCGGAGUCGAAUGCUUCUUCUGACAGUGACGACAAAUUCGGAUUUCGGUCUGGAUCAGACUUCACAUUUGAGGAGUUUCAGAGUUUUGCAAAAAAAUUCAAGGAGCAUUAUUUCGGAAUGAAUGAUGUAAAUCCGAAAACAAUUGUUAAUGGGCAUGAAGAAACACAAAUAUGGGAACCAUCCAUUGAAGAAAUUGAGGGUGAAUAUUGGAGGAUAAUUGAACAACCAACGGAUGAGGUUGAGGUAUAUUAUGGAGCAGAUCUUGAAACAGGUGUAUUUGAGAGCGGUUUCCCAAAAGCUUCAUCCAUAGAAAAUAACGAAUCCGAUGAAUAUGUGAAUUCAGGUUGGAAUCUAAAUAACUUCCCCCGUUUGCCAGGGUCUGUGUUAUCUUUUGAAGGAAGUGACAUCUCUGGAGUUCUAGUACCAUGGCUAUAUGUUGGCAUGUGCUUCUCGUCAUUUUGUUGGCACGUUGAAGAUCACCAUCUUUACUCGGUAAACUAUAUGCAUUGGGGUGAUCCAAAAAUAUGGUAUGGUGUACCGGGGAGCCAUGCAACGGCCUUGGAGGAUGCAAUGCGGAAGCAUCUACCUGAUCUAUUCAAGGAACAACCCGAUUUACUCCAUCAACUUGUUACUCAGCUGUCUCCUAAAGUUUUGAGGUCCGAGGGAGUACCGGUUUAUCGUGCUUCUCAGCAUUCUGGAGAGUUCAUUGUUACUUUUCCAAGGGCAUACCAUGCAGGGUUUAAUUGCGGUUUUAAUUGUGCUGAAGCUGUGAAUGUAGCACCGGUGGACUGGCUAGAACACGGGCAAGGUGCAGUGGAGCUCUAUAGUGAGCAACGACGCAAGACAUCUGUAUCUCAUGACAAGUUGCUACUGUUGUCGGCUAGGGAAGCUGUUAGGGCUCUAUGUGAGCUUCCAGUUUCAAAUGAAGAGGCUUAUGAGAAUUUGAUUUGGAAAAGUGUUUGUGGGAAGACUGGGAUACUUACGAAGGCCGUUAAGGCCAGAAUUGGGAUGGAGCUAAAAAGGAUUGAGCAACUUCAAAGCGGUUUUCAAUUUCAAAAGACGGAAGAGGACUUUGAUGCAACAAACGAAAGAGAGUGCUUCCUAUGUUUCUAUGACUUACACAUGUCUGCAGCCAGCUGCAAGUGCUCUUCUGAUCGCUUUGCGUGUCUAAAACAUGCAAAUCUUAUAUGUUCCUGUGAUCCAGACCAACGAACUAUUUAUCUCCGUUAUACCUUCGAUGAAUUAACCAUUUUAGUUGAUUCACUUGAGGGUAAUUCAGAUGCUCUACGAAAAUGGGCGUCACAAAACCUUGGAUUAGAUCAAGAAAAGGUGUUUGUGGGAGACGGCUUCAAGAAAGAUAAAUGUGUGCCUUUAUCUCCAAUAAAAAUAGAAACUUGCAGCUUUUCACAUCAUCAUGAUCAAAUGGGUGUCAUUCAAUCUGAUCCGCAUCAAAAAACUUCUGAUGUUUAUCCCAAAGAAGAGCCCAUUUGCAUGGCUGAUAGAAGCUUUGGAGGACAGAGGUGCUUGAUAGAUUUAAAUCUUGAUAGCAUCUCUGUUGAUGAUGGAAGAGAGAACAAAGUUGCGUUGAAUGUUUCGGGUUCAACAGAUGUUCAGAAUUAUAGCGCAUCUGAUGAUAAAAAGCUGUUAGGAUUUGAUAAUUUGGCAUCACAUUCGGAUAUGAAGUUGUGGGGAUCAAAUCUCGAUGUUGAACUUCUGAACAUUGGAUCUGUGGCUUUUGGAAAACUGUGGUGCAAUAAUCAGGCCAUAUUCCCAAAAGGAUUCCGAAGCCGAGUAAAAUACUUCAAUUUUCUUAACCCUCCGGUAAUGAGUAGCUACAUAUCAGAAAUCCAUGAUGCUGGGCUCAUUGGUCCUCUAUUUAAGGUUUUCUUAGAAGAGUGUCCGAGUGAGAGCUUUAUGGAAGUAUCUGCGGAUAAGUGCUGGGAACUGGUGCUGCAAAGGCUAAAUCAAGAAAUGGUCAAGGGCUGCAAAUUGGCAAAUCAUGCCAUGAAGCCACUAGGAACCAUUAGCGGGCUUGAAAUGUUCGGGUUACUUUCUCCUGACAUUGUUCAGGUGAUUGAGGCUCUUGAUCCCGAGCAUAGAUGCCUGGCAUACUGGAGCACCAAAUUCAACCAGAAUAGUCGAGAAUAGAAAUUUUGGUGGUUUCGGGCAUGAGCAGGAUGCAGAAGAGAGCAAUAAAACAUGGGGACAUUGCUGACCGAAACGGAGCAGUGCGAGAACGGGAGGUUGACUAUUAUUGACUUGUUAGGCUUAGUUCUUUCACUUUCUUAAAAUAGAAAGGAAGUUGGAAAUCUAGAUCAACUCUGAUAGGUUCAUGGUAGAAAACUGAAGUGAUAGAGGCCUUCUUGUUGGUUGCUAGCAUACAUACAUCUUUUGGUUUUUCAUUUUUCUUAACCAAAAAAGAAAGAAAAAUAAACUUGAAAAAUUACAUGUGGGAUCUU